AGAAACCAUUGGUGCUGCUUCCGGACGGGUUCCUCCAAGUCAGCGACAGCCAAGAGUUAUCCACCAGAUGUCAGGCCCACAGUGACGCACAAGUGUCCAUCGCCUGGUCGGUACCACCGUUAGCAGCUUGGUGGACAACGACACAAGUCUAUCAGGGCGCGACAGCGCACGGUGAUAAUGAUGAUGUUGAUGGCGCUGAGGAGAUGACGGAUGUGGAAAAGGGGGAGGAGGGGGAGGAUCUGGGCAAGGUGAAUGAAACAGCGAAGACAUCCACGUACAUCGCAAUAAGUGAGAUUCAGAUCCACAAUUUAAGUGUGACGGACCACUACCAGCCUGUCUCCUGUGUGGCCACAAACGAUGUAGGGAGCACGACGCUUUCUUUCAGGAUCAUCGUGCCAUCGGCCCCCAACAUCACAAGCUUGCGGGCAAGAAAGCGUUACAGUCUCCAGAUUCGGUUCAGAGUCACUGGUUGGCCGGUACCAUCACUGAUGUGGUAUCAUGACGGACGAGUGUCUCCCAGUAGCCGACUCAACCAGGACUAUUACUCAAAGAACGACUCGGAGAAGGGGGAGAUACAUGGUGCUCGGGUCUUCGAGUCUGAAUUCCCGGGAAUGGCGGGUCAAUACACUCUUGAGGCGAAAAACAGCAUUGGCGGUGUCAACAAGACCAUCUGGAUUGCUCCUGGUUUCCAGCAUCAGUACAUCGUCUCCAUCUACGG